AUGAGGCGGCGUCCACAGUCAACAUCUUCGCCGCGCUGCAGUGGCUACUUCCGGUGUUCCAGUUGGCUGGGUGGCUGCCGAAGCAUCUUGGCAAAGACAGCGCAGCGGAGAGGAGCCAGGACUCACAGGGGGACAUCGUGUGGCGGCACCGAGGAGGAUGCUGCACUGGAGGUGCGAGAGACUAGACGAUUACUGUCACACUUUGAGCCGUUCUUCACCUGCGAAAGCAAAGUGAUUCCCAACGGCGCGCUCCUCUAUACGGUGCAAACCUUUCGCUUUCCCACGCCGCGGGGGCCGCGCUGCAUUACUCGUGCGCUGGUGGAGGCCCCGGGCAAAUACUUCUCACCGCUGCAGGAAGACAAGGGCGGGGGGCACUUUCUUUGCUGUUACGAGGAGAAGCGGCUUCUGCGCCGGUUCACUUACCUGCAGUUGGACAAGCUGCGGUUUGCCUGGGUGGCUGUGAAGGAGCUGCUGGAGGAGCAUAAGGCGGUGCAGCGCACCGAUGGCACCCUCACCGGACUCGCGCGGCGCGACAUUAAAAACAACAACGCAAUCAGCAACGACGUGGCGAACGGCGACGCAAACGGGGCUGGCAGUCUAACAACGGCGGGGACGGUGGGGACUAAAGCAGGAACGACGACGGCUGCAACUACUCCCGCUGCGCUGCCGCCGACUGUGAUGCGGAAGCCGCACCCCAGCAGCAACGUCAUUGUUGGCCCCACCGCAGAGGCCCGAAAGACGCGGGAGGGGUUGCAAGAGAGGAAGUACAUGAGCGACUUGCUCAAGGAGGAGUGCGCUGCACGAUGGCCACACACGCCUGUGCAUAAGUCUGUCGUCUUCACAGUGGAGGAGCAGCAGUUGGAGGUGGAGGGCGGUCGCAAGGGCCGCAAAGGGCCCCGCACGUACCUGGCAACAGUGGAGCUCCCACUGCUCAACAAGAAGGGGGGCGUCGCGGUAUUUAGGGGGACGCAGUGGUGCACAACACGGAAGGACGCGGAGAAUGCCGCGUCUGAGGCAGCGCUGCGUGCCCUCCGUGCGAUCCGCUCCUAA